AAAAUGGGUUCGAAGCUGUUAAUGAUAAGUGUGUUUGUGGUUGAUCUUAUAGCUUUUGGGUUGGCAGUAGCUGCUGAGCUGAAGCGAAACACAGCCAAGAUUCAUAUGGAUACUGAAGACACUUACAGCUACUGUGUUUAUGACUCAGAUAUUGCAACUGGUUUUGGUGUAGGUGCCUUCUUAUUCCUCAUGGCUACUCAAUUUCUUGUAAUGGUGGCAACCCACUGCUUCUGCUGUGGAAGGGCUUUGAUCCCUGGACCCUCUCGGGCUUCUGCACUUAUCCUAUUUAUAAUCUGCUGGGUCACAUUUUUGAUAGCCUCGGUAUGCUUGCUGGUUGGUUCUGUGAGGAACUCUCAUCACACAACCUACAGAGUAGCUUUCUUAGCAGAUGACAUACCACUUUCCUGUGAAACAUUGAGGAAAGGAGUGUUUGCAGGUGGAGCAGCUUUCAUUCUAUUCACAGCCAUAAUCUCUGAGUUCUAUUAUGUUUCCUAUUCCAAGGCCACUAGGCUACUCCAGGACAAUACAGUGGCAUUAUUGCAGUGA